GCGGCACAAACAACACACACGAUCUUCACUUUACACACUUUAUGAUUGGGUUUCACUACAUUUCUGGAAAGUUCGCAGAUUUAAAUGCGCCUGGAGCUCAGGAGGAGAACGUUGCAGGAUGAUUCCUGUGGUUCCUGUGGAGUCCUGCACACAUGUCCUGGCAGAGUUUGACUGCCUGGACCCCCUCCUUUCCGCCCUGCGACUGGACUUGGGACGAAUCAAAUGCACAUGUCUCUCCGUGUCCAGGAAGUGGUUGGCUCUGGGCACGUCUGCCGGAGGGCUUCACCUCAUUCAGAGAGACGGCUGGAAGCAGAAACUCAUUCUCACACACAAAGAAGGCUCAGUCACGCAGGUCUCAUGCUGCCCCCAUGAUGAAGACUUUAUCGCUGUAGCAACGAGUCAGGGUUUGGUGGUGGUGUGGGAACUGCAUUUAGAGCGGCGUGGCCGUCCUGAGCGCGUCUCUGUGUCCUGGGAGCACAGAGGACAGACGGUAACAUCUCUGUGCUGGGACAACGCGGCCCUCCGAGUGUUUGCAGGAGAUGUCGGAGGGAAAGUGUCCUGCGUCCGAGCUGGGUCAUCUAAACUCGGGAAGGGCUCUGCGUUUGUGAUCUUCCCAAUUCAGACCAUCACCACAGUGGAUUCACGUGUGGUUCAGCUGGGCUACUCGGACGGACACCUGGUGGUCUCGUCUCUCAGCCGCUGCUACCUGUGUGACACGGAGAGGGAGAAGUUCUGGCGUGUGGGUAAUAAAGAGCGAGAUGGAGAGUUUGGGGCAUGUUUUCUCCAGCAGAGUCCGGCGGGUCAGCGGGGUCAGGCGCUGCUGUACUGCGCCCGGCCCGGCUCCCGCAUAUGGGAGGCUAGUUUCGGUGGAGAGGUCCUGAGCACACACCAGUUUAAACAGCUGCUGGCCUGCCCACCGCUGCCCCUCGUCUCUUACAAGAAUGAGCCACAUUUCAGCCCCGCACAGACGAGUCCACAGUCUCUGGCUUUCCCAAGACUCCUCCAGUUUGGUGAUCAAAACCUGCUCACCUGGACGGAUUCGGCCAUCUACAUCUUCACCCCUCACAGCGGUCAGGUUCUGCUGUGGACAGAGGUCAAAGAUGUGGUGGAGAUUUCAGUUUUCCGUAAUGAGCUAUUUUGUCUACAUGGUGACGGACGUUUGUCUCACCUGUCCCUGAUGUCACCUGAGCGCUGUGUGGAGCGUCUGAUGAAGAGGGAGAACUGGACGCUCGCCACCACCAUCUGCUGCAUGUUUCAGCACACCGUUAUCACAUCCAGGGCCAGGAAGUCCCUCCCCAUUGAUCGGUUGGAGCAACUUAAGGCUCAGCUAAACUCCGCCUCCCAGGAGCAGCUGAUUGGUCAGCUGGAGGAAGUGAUCAGCAAACUGGAGCCACUGGACUCCGCCUGCAGCAGCCGCAGGAGCAGUAUUUCCUCACACUUGGUGGCGAACUCUCAGUCUGUGCGUGGAGAGGGCGACAGGUCAGACAUCAGCUUGCAGUUUCUGCCGCUGCCUUUCCGCUCAAAACCCCCACGAGUCGCCCUGCAGGCUGUUCGAGACAGUGUCUCGAGCUUUGUGAAAAAGACCACCGAGAAGAUCAACACGCUUCAGAUGAACGCAGACCUGUGGCCUCGGCCUGACCUCAGGGAAGGGGUUCAAGGGGAGGUCACGGCCACAGUGACCCCUCUUCCAGAAGAAGUCGAGCAUGAAUUGAAUGCUGAGCAGUCCAGCUCGGAGUCUGAGCUGCAGGAGUUGAGGGCCGCCACAAAGAAAGCCAUUUCCCGAAUGUGCUAUUCAGGGCUGAGCUAUUGCAUUUCUGUUCAUAUUAAUUCUCCUAAUAUUCUGCGGCGUGUUGUAGAGUUCACUCAGGCCAGUAAGGUGGUGGAGGUGAUUCAGAAGGGCGAUCUGCUGAAGUCUCUGCGCAGUCUGAGAGAACUUCAGCCCUGGAACACACCUCUGCUACUCUCACACCUGUACAGACUCUAUGAUAAACACGGAGAGGUGGCUGUUCGUGCCUACCCGCAGUUCUAUCCCACAAUCCUCCCCUCUGACAUCAUGGCCAUGGCUUUACCCAGCCACUUCCUGCCUUAUCUGGACAAUCUGGUCCAAUCACGAGUCGAGCAGCAGCGGUUGUGUUUCUUGGGCUCUCUUCUCCAGCCAGAAACUCUGCGACAGGAUUGGCUGGAACUGGCGCUAUACAAUGAUGCCCCUCAAAAGGAUGACACACUCACUGCUGACGGACAGCCCAGGUGGCACUCUCAUUUCUUCAGCUGGGGUUAUGGGCGUCUACUGUCUUUGCUGAUUCGUCUGCCUGCUGAUCUGGCCUCCAAACAGAAGAUGCUGGAGAAGUGCAGAACUCAUGGGUAUUGGAUGGGUUACCUGUACCUGUGCAGAGAGCUGCAGCGGCGGCCCGAGGCUUUCAGUGCCAUCUGCAGACUGGACGACAUGACACUACUAGAGGGGGAUGAUGGUAUUGUACCUCAGUCUUUUGACGAGUGGGUGUUGCUUCUCCAGCUCUCCCAGCAAAUCAGUUCAAGCAACGAAGCCCCGCCCACUUCAGCCCUGCCCAGCAGUCCCAAUGGAUCCUGUUCAGACGGCACAAGCGAUAGUUCUCCCGACCUAUUAGACGGUUCAACUGACUGGAGCAUUCGUGUCAGCCCGGAGAACAUCAUCCUGCGUCUGGUGCGGGUCUUCGGGCCGGACCGGGCCCUGACGGCCCUCCAGGAGCGCGGGAUACAGGUGGAUCUCAGUUCACGCUCAACGCUGGUCUGCGAUCUGCUUCGUAUGGCUGAGAAGCGGCACAGAGCAUUGAUUCAGACCAUGUUGGAGCGCUGUGACCGGUUUCUGUGGUCUCAGCAAGCGUAAGACCUCCAUGUCCACAUGAUCUCCACAUAUGCCUCCAGGACCCAGCGCUGCUCUCAGUAUGGACACACUACGUCCUGCCUUCUGUAGUUUGGGUCAUGUUUCUUUAAAACAGCUGCUCUGGGAUCAGCUGCCUUGCUGAAGAUAAUGUGGCAGAUCAGCUGAUUUCAGAUUGUGAUGCAUUCCAGUCAAUCUAAUGCAGAUUCCAAUUCAUAGGGUUUUUUUCACACCAGCACUAUGACUAUAUUGUGCCGUAAAUGGUGAAAGCACUGCGUGGGAAUCACAUGACUUGGUCUAAACUGUUCUUCAGUAUUUUGUCUCCUGUUUCCUAUUUAGCUAUUUAAUAAGGUGCUGACACAGUAUUAACAAUGGGCUUUUUUACGUCAUUCAUAAAUCCAUUUGCACAUAAAUUAUCCUAUUAAAUUGAAUUCAACAAUUUAUGUAUGAAUGCUUUGAUCUACACUUCCAUGUUUAUUAAUGAGGCCCAAUGUGUUUUCAUGUGGUUUUAGGACUAUGUAGAAUAUACAGUAUAUCCCUUAAAAAAAACAUACAUACAGUAUAUA